AUGGUGUCUGCACAAGCCUUUACUCCAGACAAAUCAGAGACAUGCCCAGAGCCCAAGGAUCGUGGCAGGACAAGGAGAAACUACUGGAUCUCCAGACACAACUCAGGCAAACGCCAGAUCCUGGAAAGAGACUGGGUGAAAGUGGAGCGCCUGGCUGGCAUGUUCCAGCCCCCGCAGCACAAGGGGUCGCCCCCGCAUUGCUCCAGGGAUUCACCUGCUGGGGCCAUGAGGGAAAGGAAAAAACAAACAGAAAAGCUGGGGUUGUGUGGGCUGAGCUCUCUGAUGAAGCGCAGCAUUACCCCAGAAGCUCAGCACGUUUGUUAUACACUGCUGAACGAGAAGGUGGGUGGGGUCGUUAAAGAGGAUGGCUUCGUGGAAAUGAGCAAGUUAGAGGAGACCCAGGCCCUGGAAAACCGCAUUUCAGGGUCUUGCCCAUAUUGUUUUACCAAAAAGAAAACUUUGCAAUCAGUGUGUGGACGACCUGUAUACUCUGGACGCAUUGUGGGUGGCCAACCUGCUGCUUUGGGGCGCUGGCCUUGGCAGGUCAACCUGCAGUAUGACCAGACUCACAUCUGUGGAGGUUCCCUCGUCAGCGAGCGCUGGGUACUGACAGCAGCACACUGCAUAAAAAAGAAACAGUUUAUUUUUUUAUACAGUGUACGGCUUGGAUCCAUUGAAGUAAACCACUCAAGUAAAGGCAAGGAAUACUAUGUGUCCAAAAUCAUCACCUACCCCAAAGACAAUGGUGUAAACAGAGAUAUUGCCCUGCUGAGACUGUCAUCUAAGGUCACCUUCACGGCUCUCAUUCUACCCAUUUGCUUGCCCAGUGUCUCAAAGCAGCAGCUUCCUCUGCCAGCUUCUUGCUGGGUGACUGGAUGGGGACUGACUCAGGAAGGUCUUUACCCCUCUACCCUUCACGAAGUUGAAGUACCCCUCAUUAGCAAUGAGGAGUGUAAACAACUGUACAACCCAAUCGGCAUUUUCAUCCCAGAACUGGAGUCCAUCAUCAAGGAGGACGAAUUUUGUGCUGGCGAUAUUCAGACAAAUAAGGACAGUUGCAAGGGUGACUCCGGAGGACCUCUGUCUUGCCACAUUGAUGGUGUCUGGAUCCUGAUGGGUGUGGUAAGCUGGGGUUUGGAAUGUGGCAAAAAUCUUCCUGGAGUCUAUGUUAACGUGACCUACUACCAAAAAUGGAUCAAAGCCAUUAUCUCGAGAGCACGGGGUUCCGGUGGUGACUGUACUUAUGUGAUUUCUUGUUCCCUGCUGUACUACUUCCUCUGGCUCUCCUGGGAUCCCCCUGAACCUUGA